CGUUAUUCAUCAACCCCACCCACCCACCCACCGCAUAGAACUCUCCGACGACGUCCAGAAGGCUUUAAAUCUUUCCCUAAUUCAAGUUUGUCGGAAUUAAAUCCUUGUCUCCGGCGACAGAUGGCUCACGGCGGCGGUGGCGGCGACAUAAGUCGGGUCGGGCCGGACUUUAAUCUACCCGACGAGAUUUUGUCGGUUAUACCCACGGACCCGUACGACCAGCUGGAUCUGGCCCGUAAGAUAACGUCCAUGGCAAUCGCGUCCCGGGUCACGAAGCUCGAGUCCGAGUCGGCGAGGCUCCGGCAAAAGCUCGUCGAGAAAGACCGGCUCGUUGACGAGCUCGAGGACAAGGUCUCCCAGCUCGAGGGCGCGUAUCAAGACGCCGAGCUGCGAUUGAAAAUCACGCGCGAAGAUAAUAAGAAUCUGGUGAAGGAGAAAGACUCCUUGGCUAUGACUGUAAAGAAGCUGACUCGUGAUUUGGCCAAGCUUGAGACAUUUAAGAGACAACUGAUGCAGUCGUUGAACGAAGAAAAUUCACCUCAAACUGUAGAUAUCGGAACUUAUGACCAGGCACCCAAGGCCUAUUCCACCGAUGAUGACUCAAAUGGCUACACAAAGCAUCAUUCAUAUAGCUGGUCCACCGACAGUGCAAGCACAAACGACGACGUGACUAAGCAAGGCGGACAUAGAUUUUCCAUCACUCCGUAUAUAACGCCCCGUCUCACUCCUAAUGCAACUCCAACAGUAAUUUCAACUAGUGUCUCCCCAAGAAGGUACUCAGCAGCUGUCUCUCCUCGGAAAACCUCGGGAGCUGCUUCUCCUACAGGUCAGUACGAUGGGCGUGGGUCCCUUUCAUUUUCGUCAUGGUACCCGUCCAGUCAGCAGUCUUCAGCUGCUAACUCUCCUCCUAGGGGUCGUCCACAGCCAGGUCGUACACCUCGAAUUGAUGGAAAGGAGUUCUUCCGUCAAGCUAGGAGUCGUUUAUCGCUUGAGCAGUUCACCGCAUUUCUGACGAAUAUAAAGGAAUUAAACGCUCAAAGACAAUCUCGAGAGGAGACACUAAGAAAAGCAGAAGAUAUUUUCGGGACGGACAAUAAAGAUCUGUAUAUAUCAUUUCAGGGAUUGCUCAACCGCAGCAUGCACUAAACUUUUAUGCGCGUAUCUCGUUUAUUUAAAUUUGCUUCUAGAGUUGUCUUCUUAAUCAGGGCUAUUUGGAAGCAAUGUUGCUGUUACAGAUUUAAAAUAAAUUAUUCGUUCAUCGAUGUAAUCAGCGAAGAAGGGGAUAUUCUUCCCUGGGACAGAGCUCUCUGUAUUGUAUUUUUAUCGAGCCUAUUGUAGAGGCUGUCUGUAAAAUGAAUGUCUUUUUUUUUACAAACUAUGUAUUCAUAUUCCACUUAGCACGCGAAGCAAAGAAUUAAAUGUGUAGACGAAAGUAUCGACAUAUCGAGGAGCACUAGAUAUCUGUUUGGCUAUGUAAGCUAAGGUACAUUGUACUCGGAAAAAAAAUACUCGAAGAAUCGUGUUUUUUUAUGGGAAAAA